CGUUAAUUCUUCGAUGCCGGUCAUAUGAACUUCUCAAUAAAGCCAAUCGAUCAAUGUCGUCGCGUGCUUUUUAUCGAAUAAUAGCGAUCUAUUUUGCAAAAAUUUUUAAAAUUAUUGAUUCCGUGUCUUACGAUUGUUAGCGGUAAGACUUAAUUUUUUUGUACAACUAGAGUUUGCAACCAUAAAUUUAUAUCGAUAAGAAUUUAAGUCGCUUUUUAUUAUACACUGAAUAUGACCACAAAAAAUGGUCGAAACAUUCAAAAAUUGAAUGAAAAGUAAAUUUGUUUUGCGCACUGAUUUCUGUAUGUAUAAUAUAUAAUUUUCAAGCGUGAUUAAACUGGCAACCUUCUUUUAUUCUAAAAAAACGCAUUACAAGAGAAGAGAUAUUGUGGAAAUAAUUUUCAUAAAAAUGUAUAAAGUUUCUAUAAAUUUAAAAAAAGACACAGACAAUUUAAAUUUAAUAUACGAUUCGAUUCUUAAUAUCAUAUACGCUUCUUCUGAAAUAUUAUACCUCUCUAGGUCAUCGCUACUGUUUUGAUACCAACACUGAGAAUUUAGUACGUAUUGAAUUCUCGAUCGAUACACAUCGUCUCUCGACUCACCACACGACUUAAUUUCAACGUACAUGUGUAAUAAAGUAAAGUUCUGUGUUUAAGUUGACUAAUUUUCUCUAGAUAUGAGCAUCUUUCUCAUGAAUAGAUUCUUCUUACUGUGCUUCGUCGUGGCCACAGUACAGGAUGUUCUGGUACUGGGUUCACCGCAAGCCGCGAAAAUAAUGGACCAGAAUCCGCUACCGACUAUGUGCACCUACAGUAAAACUAAUUCAAUAUUGAAAGCGCGGUGCUCCAAAUUAAAGUCGAACGAAAUUCCGUUAGAUUUGAAGACGGACAUACAGGUACUGGAUAUUAUCGGGAAUCACUUGAUCGAACUGAAGAACGACAGUCUGCAUCCUUACAAAAAGCUGAUCUUCAUCUAUUUACGUAACAAUUGGAUUAUUAACAUUGAAGAGACAGUUUUCGCCAAUCAGCCUUACCUGCAGAUGCUGGAUCUGUCGUUCAACUAUAUCUUCAAUCUGCCCAAAAGUCUCUUCCAAUUGCCGUAUCUUCGCACGCUCUACCUUGACCACAACAGGCUUACCGAUAUUGUGUUUAAGAUGAAGGUGACCUCGCCUCUCAGACUGCUGCAGCUAUCCAAGAACUCCCUACACGUGAUCCCGAACAUAGGCGUCCAGCCGACUCUCCUUAAUCUCAACGUGUCCGACAACUUCAUCACCUGGGUCAGCACCGAAAAUCUAGCGCCGUUCUGCUCGCUGAAGGUACUCGAUAUGACCGGAAAUAAAAUCAGAUUUAACGAGGGUAGCUGUGAUUGCCAGGCGUUCAACGCCUGGGUAAAGCUACGACAAAUCAAAAUAAAGCCCGAUCUCUACAAAUGCACCGAUUCACCGGCAAUGCACAAGGCGUGCGCCAACGUGAGAUUCAGCAAUCGGACGUACGAGCUGUUCAACGAGUGCUUGGCUAUGAUACAACAAAAGAUAAAAACCGAGAAGCCUCGAUCUGUCUGGAUACACGUCGCCUCCUGCAUUUCGGUGUACCUCAUCGUGGUCCUUGUGGCGUUGUUUUGCGUGUACAAGCGGUACUGUAAGCGGCGCAGAAGGCAUUAGAAACAGCAACAGCUAAUAACCUUUUGAACAGUUUUCGUCAUGAUCAACAAAAGCGUUAUUAAUUAUCAUCUAGAAACCGGAAAUGUCGAAUAAAAUAAGUUAGACUGUUAAUGGUACUUAUUGUUGGAAAUUACUUUAGACUUUGAAUAAAAAAAAAAGAAAAAAAAAAUGAGAAAUCAGGUUUUAAAGAAAAUAAUCGGUGAAGAAGACUCUUCCGGGGAGAUUAAUAUAUUUACAUCAAAUAUAAACGCGUUAAUAUAUAAAAAUUUAUAAAUGUUAUUAUA